AUAUGCUGAAGCGACAAAUAAGCUACCGAUUGAGCUGCAGCCAUUUUGAAUAAAAUUUCAUAAUGCCAUGAAGUCUUUCUAAUUUCUAAAUAAAUAGUGAAUACUGAUUAUAAUUAAUGACUUAUAAUUUAAAAUUAAUUAUAAAAAAAAGACAUAUUUUUCAACAUAAUAUUUUUCUCUGUUUCUGUUUUGGUGCUCCUUCGUAAUAAAAAAGAUCAGCAAUAAAACAAAUCAGCUGUUAUCCGUCAAUCGAUGUCAACAAAAUUACAUAAUUUUGUUUAGAAAAACAGUGUAGUUUCCUUUUUUUUAGUGUCAUUUUGAAAUUGACAAUAUGCAGUUUCAAUUGGAUGAUUUUUUAGAUAAAUUGCUAAAGUAAAUGUGUGCCCUACGCCUUGCAAACAUUUGUGACUUUAUAAUUUUUUAUAUGAUGUAGUCCAACAAAUCAUUAUUAGUUAUGGAUCAGAAUAAUAUAAUAGAGUGCGGUGGAUUUUAUUUCAUUCAUAAUUUUGACUCAGGAAACCUUGGGCAUGUAGAAAGAGUGCCUACGGAACUUAUAGCUCCCAGUGUUAACCCCAAGACAAACGCAAAUGAAACCCCAGACUAUGAAUUUAAUUUGUGGACUCGACCAGACUGUGCUGGCACAGAGUUUGAGAAUGGCAAUCGAACUUGGUUCUACUUUGGAAUACAAGCCAGUGAGCCUGCAGUAUUGGUACGGCUUAACUUAAUAAAUCUGAACAAACAAGGGAAAAUGUAUAACCAAGGUAUGGCGCCAGUAACACGGACACUUCCAGGGAGGCCUCAGUGGGAGAGAAUCAGAGAUCGUCCCGUACAUUCAACAGAUGACAACACCUUCACACUGAGCUUCAAGUACCGAACGUCAGACAAUUUGAAAGCGACAACAUUCUUUGCCUUCACAUACCCAUUCUCGUUUGCGGAACUGCAGAUAGCUCUCAAUUCCAUCGACAUGAAGAUGUUGCCGUUGCCUCCGCCGCAGUCGCCUGACGAGAUAUACUAUUGCAGAGAAUGUCUUAUAUAUUCCCUCGAAGGACGCCGCGUGGAUUUAUUAACAAUAACGUCACAUCAUGGAAUUACAACGGAUAGAGAAGAGAGACUUAAGAAUUUAUUUCCCGACAAUCAGGAGAGGCCAUUUAAAUUUUUAAACAAAAAGGUUAUCUUCAUGUCAGCCCGGGUACACCCUGGAGAAACACCAUCCAGCUUUGUAUUCAAUGGUUUCCUCAACCUGCUACUAACACGGCAUGACCCUAUCGCUAUACAGUUACGGAAAAACUACGUGUUUAAGAUGAUCCCGUUCUUAAACCCUGAUGGAGUCGCCAGAGGGCACUACAGGACUGAUACUAGAGGAGUCAAUUUGAACCGGGUUUACCUGAACCCCUCACUUACCUAUCAUCCCUCAGUUUACGCAUCAAGAGCUCUAAUUAGAUACUACCACUUUGGCUGUGAAAAAGAGGACAUCUGUGAAGAUAGUAAAAGUUUUACAUCACGCAGCAUCCAGAACAUUAGCGAGAGUACAGAGUUACUGGAUUCUAAGAAAAAGAAGAGUCCUAUAACGUCGUCGUUCAAAGCGAGCGAGUACAAGCGCGAGAAGACUGGGAAAUCAGUCAGUGGGAACAAAUCCACCACCACUAUCAAGCAGCCCUCUGUAGAUAGCUCGAGGAAGGAUGCCAACGCUUUGAGCGGAGAAACGACACACCUCGCCGAACAAGUAUACGACAUGAAAUUGCAAGAGAUGCCGUCGCAAACUAGCGACGCAUCGUCGAAGCCGUCGAACACGAACGUGGCGGAGACGAGCUCGCUGCUCAACGACUCGGUGCUGCGCUCAUGCCUCGGCUCCAACGUGCACCUGAGCACCAGCGACGAGCUCAACCUGCACGGCACCAACCCACUCAGGCCACUGCGUGACACGCUCAAGAACAGCAUCAGUUUACUGAUGGAAUCUAGCUCGUCUGUGGCAGGCGACAGUGCAAUAGGCGGUAAAGAUUCCCGGCUAACCAACUUGCGAAUCGGCUGGUGUAAGGAGUGCAGGCAGGCGGUCUCCAAGCUCGAGGAUACUACACCAGGCAUCACCAAGAUGGUGCCAGGAUACAGUGCUGCUAUGAUACGCUCCGAGAACCCUACCCACCACUCCAUAGAAGAAUAUAGAGAGCACCAGAGACAACAGCUAGAUGAGAAAGAACUUCAAGAUUCUGAGACACCAGAAAAAGACGCUAUGUAUUUCUGCACUAAUUGCUUCAAGAAAUACGUCAUAACGGAACAUAACGAAGAAAUUAAAGUGAGCUCAGCAGUAUCGACGGCGAACGUGGCGGUGUCCGCGGACGACAGCGGCGACGCAAGGCCUGCCUCGCCUGCGAGCACGCAAAUAUUACCGAAAGAGGAAAAACCAAAAUCUCCUAUCACCAAACAAGUGAAGAAAAAGCCGCCGGUACCACCCGCAUCGCGACCCACUCCUAAGGAGCCGGAGUCCGGCCUGUUUCUAUACAUUGAUCUCCACGGGCACGCUUCUAAGAAAGGUAUAUUCAUGUAUGGCAACCACUUCGAGGACCUGGAGAGCUCUGUGGAGUGCAUGCUUCUGCCGCGCAUCAUGUCGCUCAACAACCUACACUUUCACUUCUCCUCGUGCAACUUCACCGAGCGGAAUAUGUACCUCAAGGACCGGCGCGACGGCAUGUCCCGCGAGGGCUCGGGCCGCGUGGCCGUGCUGAAAGCGACCGGCCUGGUCCGCUCCUACACGCUCGAGUGCAACUACAACACAGGCCGCCUCGUCAACGUGCUGCCGCCCGCCGUCCGCGAUAUGCCCGCGCCCGCCUCCGCGACCGCGUCCGCCUCCGCUGCCGCCACUGCCUUACCGCCCAAGUACACGCCUCACAUAUUCGAAGAGGUGGGGCGGUCGCUGGGCGCGUCGAUCCUGGACCUGACGGGGCAGCACCCCAACUCGCGCGUGCCCGCGUCCGAGCACCGCUCGCUGGCCGCGCUGCGCGACUGGCUGCGUGCCCACACGCGCACCAUGCGCCCGCAGCUCACGAUGUCGCGGCUACGACCGAAGACGUCGUCCCCUACUCGGGUGCCUCUCUUCGCGCGUUCCAAAGGCAAAGUGACAGACGAGCGGAAAGAAAACGCGUACGCAGGCGCCAAGACCGACGCGGAGCGCAAGCGCAGCCCGCCGAUACUCGCACAACGCUCGGGCCACGACAUAAUCAACAUGAACAUGAAGUACGUAAAGAAAAACGAGCCGAUCAAGACGCCCUCGCGCACCCGCUACCUCGCGGAGAACGAGCCCAAACCGAAGACCAUGUCGACGAAGCGCAGGAGCGUACUGGCGAUUCGCAAACCGAACACGAGCAAAGCCCCGGUCGGGGGAGUGGUGAAGGCGAAGCUGAGUAGACGGUCCGCGGACGACUCGGAGAGCCCGCGAACGUCGCUAGUUUCCGCGAAGCUGAGCAAGCGCAGCUUCUCUCGGGGGGCGCGGGGCCGCGCGGGGAGGUCGGCACGGGGGCGGGGAGGCGCGUCGUCCUCGUCGGAGGAGCUGACAACCGCGUGGGAAGCGCCGGGCGGCGCGCCGCUGCACCCGGAGCCGCUGGCCGGCAAGCGGAGGCCCUUCCCAAACCCCUCGCCGUCGCACCUCAAGAAGAUCCGGUUAAAGACGGGCUUGUAGCGGCCGCCGCGCGCCAGGCCCGCCCCCGAGCCGCGCCGCUAGCGCCCGGGGCUCAGCGGGACCUUGUCGCCGGAUGGUCGUAUUAAAUUUGAUUCCAGUUUACUUUUUGUGGUGCCUUUCCGAUGCCGGGUGUGAUCUGAAUAUUUUCAUUUAUUUGUAAACAUUAAUGAUAAAAACGAGGAUUUCGUGCUUGCUAUCGUUCGUACAAUUCACAGUAUGGCUUACUUUAGUGUUUACACUUAUACGACGUUGUAAUGCUGGAGUCUUACCUGAUACAACAGAAUCAUGACGGUACCGUGUGCUCUUUAAAAAUUCAGGUAUCAGCGCGUUGACCUCUUCAGUGUUUAAUACGAAUUGUCAUCCAAAAAUUAACAAUGAGCGCAACCGUGGUGACGGGAUUCUUACUCCUACAUGCUACGCUAAAUGAAACAAUAAUUGAUGCUAAUCCAACUGUCCAGUAUGUUUAACAAUCUUAUUUAUUAUUUUAUUUAUUUAUUUCAAGUAAACAGUUACAUAGACAAUACAUAUUCUCAGUGCCGCGUAGCUUUAUAAAUAAUUAUGAACUUAUAUCCCAGUUCUAGUUUUUAGCUUCUUUUGGCUCAAAUAUGAUUUUAACCAUUUAUAGGGCCCCUUAUUUCACAUUCUGACAUGGCCUGUAACACAACGUACGUAAUUGACACGAUUAUUGACGUACAUAUUUAUCCAGGGUGGCUUGAGCCUUUAAAAAUAACGCAUAUGUACUCUCCUAUCUUUGCCUGAAGUUGAAACUUCCGCUCCUUUUUUUAGACCUUCAUUUUGCGGACAAGCCUGGCCCAAUACGCCUAUGACUAACACGCGUGUCAAGCUUUGACGACAGUAGUUGAUACUGAUUGGUCACACAGUAUUAUAGUUACGCAAACCGUCGUGACGUUAGACACAAAUGUAACUCAAGCAUAAAACUGAACUUCACAUUAGAAGGAAAGCCAUCGUACAAAUAUAGAUCCCAGUCCUAAACAUUUUUAGUAUUCAAAGAGAGUUCGAAUUUAUUUCUAUCGAAUAGUCUGACUUAGAGAUUUUGUUUCCACCAGACUUAAGCGAGUCCUUUUUUAUUUUCUCAAAAACCAAUCGGGAAUUUAUUGCCUUGCCAUAUGCAUUCACAAAUUAGUAUAAAAAUUUGAUAAUUGUUUCCUUACAAUCACCAAAAUAUUUGCCAUUAUUAAGUAAAUUUUUUAUGUGAAUUAUAUUUUAGUUUCGAUGUAUCGGGUCUUAUGUUUAUAUCAGUACAAUAUGUUAUGCUUGUCGUUGCGACGACAAAAUAUAUUAAACAGAACUAUUUGUCUUGAAAAUUAUUUGUAAAUAUUCAUUGUGAAAUAUAAACGGUAUAGGCAUAUAUUGUUAGACCCGAUUCAUGUUAUUACUUGACUGAAAUAUAUGUAAAAAUUAUUGUGUUCUCUUUUAGCAUAAUUUUUAUGAAAAUUGUAGAAAACCUUUUUUUAUAUUUUACUUUUGUAAUUUGAAUAACAAUUUUCAUAUAAAAAUAUAUAAUUAUAUAAAAUAAUGUGUUGAAAAGACAUAAACAUAGAAAAUAUAAAAUUUGUGGUAAAUUGUAAAGUGUAAUCAAAUAGUAAGUAUAUAUAAAAUAGUGAGCUCCAGGAGCAACUUUUUCUAUAAUGUAUGAUCUCAUUUGUGAAAAUUAGCAAAGCGCGAUAAAUAAUGUGUCACAUAUUAUGAUUGCAUAUAUUUUUGUGUUCAUUGUAAUUUCUGUAAAACUUUAGAUUUAUAAUGGGUUAGAGGAAAAGGGUACCAACACGAAAACCAGUGAUAGAUAAUAUAUAAAACAGAACUACUUUUCCAGUUUACGUAGAAAGAUGAUAACAUUUUUUAACCUUUCAUGUAACUACACAUACAGGAACACUAGGCUCGAUUCUGUGACGUGCUUCCUCUAAACUUAUCUCUUAAGAUAGGUUUAGAGAAAUAGCGCCACAGAAUCGGCCCUAUAUUUUACUUAAUUUUACUUAAAUCUGUAUUUAAUAGUAGAAUAUUCAAGUUUUUGAAAUAAUGAAAUAUUUGAUCGAUCAAUAAAAAUAUAUACACGUAUUAACUCAACAAUAUUACGACCACGAGUACUUUGAUAGUAGGUAAAAUGUGCAUUUUAAAGGAAGUAAAUUAGUUACAAUGGACUUAUAUGGAGUGAUCUCUUUCAGUCCAACCCACAUACCGUUACGCCAACUGGGCUUUCGUGUGAUAUCAACAUAGUUUUUAUACUUGUGACCGAUUGUCCACGCACACCUGCGUCAGAUUUGAAGGCACCAAGUGCAAUUUUUUCCAAAACCUAACCAGUAACGUUUACCUGUUAGAAGAGUCUAAAAAGAAACUGCUAUAAUUCUGUAAUGGAAGGCUAAUCAAUAACUAAGACAAUGAUACAUAUGGGCCUCUUCUCCAAAACUUUAAAUUAAAUAAUACUUCAAUGGUUUAGCUCACAGUAAAAUGUUAUUCGUAGAAUCAGUCUCCCAUUGACUCAACAAUAAUAAAAAAUAAAAUACCACACGCACUACGGCAGUAUUUUAUUCAUUAUAAAUUGUCACGUUGAGGGCGGCGAAGAAGUAUCUUAAAAACUGAAACAUCCUACACACCUAUUGUGUCAUUACUUAUCUUCAAAUUAGGACUUUUGCGUAUUAAAAAAAAAAAAAGCUUAAUAUAUUUAAGACGAAAGACGUUUUUAGAAAUAAGGUAAUUGUUUUUAGAAAUGGAAUAGUUAGCACUAGCCAGAGACACAGGUGCGCGUAAACAAUUGUAUUCACAAAAUAGAUCUAAUAGACCUGUCUAUGUAUCCAAGUACAUAGAUGGUCAAACAUGAAACACAAUAGUGCAAUAAUUUUUUAUAGUUGUAACGUGUUUGUAAUUGAUAUAAAAGUAACACUUGUUUAGAUAUUUGCAUAUUUCGAAAUUCUGAAAAUUAUAUGUACCAUAAGAAUUGUUUUUGUAGAAAAACAUAGUACGUUAUUUCUAAAAUAGUAAUUAUUUAUUUAUCUCAAAUAUUAAUAUAUGAUAAAAAUAAAAACAUACAAUGUUCUCACAAGAA